AUGUCUCUAGAUAACAGCUUUGAAAACAUGGAAGACUUUAUGCUUUCCUUCUUUAAUGAAGUGUAAAACGAAAAUUAAAAGGAAGGGCAAUAUGUUUUAGACUCGAUCGCUCAGGAAGAAGAUUUAAAGCCUUAACUCUAAAAUUCAAAAAGCAAUGGGAAAACUUAUCAAUAUUUGUUUGAAAUUGUUUAAAGAUUAAAUGAUAUUAAUUGGGUGGAACCAUACACAAAAAUCACUCCUGUUAAGCACUUUACUCCAAUCACCUUUUGGUUUAUCAUUUGUUCUCAAUACUUCUAAAAAGAUGUAGAUCCUAAAAGAAUUAAGUAAUCCAACUAAUUUAAAUACUAGCAUAGAAGAGGAAAUCUCAAUAGAUUAGAAGGAUAAGGAGUCUUGUCCAUACACAUAUUUCGAUGAUUGGUUCAUUUUGGAAAUGAGAAACAUAGUAAACUUUAAUCUAAGAUAGAUGGUUAAAAGAAUUAUCACCCAAAAAUGAUUUGGAAUCAUUAUAAACUAUAAUUGAGGAGCAAUUACAUGAAACCAGGAAAGAAUUACGAUAGCAGAUUGAUGCAAUUUAAAUAGAAAAGCCGAUUAUGGACAUAUAAAAUUAGCCUGAUUUUAUUUUGAAAGAUCUGGUUGGAUUGACUGACGUUGAAAAUCAAUAUCUAACAUUUCUUGAAAGCCAAUAAAAGUAUUAUACAUUAGUCUAUUAAUAGAAUAUAUGAUGAAUUGAUAAUAAAUUAAUCAAAACAGUCUAAUUUAGCGGGCACAGCUAGGAAACUACAAAAUGUCUAUAAUAAUUGUUAAAUUUGUAAUUAAGGAGCAAGAUCACUUGAAUCCUUAUUGACUUGUUAGAAGUGUCAAAUAAUAGUCCAUUAGAAGUGCUAUGGACUUGAGAAUGUCAUAAAUGCUUGGGUUUGUGAUUUGUGUUUGAAUUUUGGAAACAAAGGCAAAUUUCUGAAAUGUCCUCUGUGUCCAAAAUUAGGAGGUGCCAUGCGAUAGACCACAUUGCCAAUGAAGGAUUCCAUAUUUGAAUAAUCUAAUCCCAGCUAUCAUACUUAUGCUAUGAAUUAUAGAAUUGAUAGAUAAAGUAAGAGGAAAUAGAUAAAUAUGUAGAACCACCACCUGAUGGAGAGGAAACAUAUAAUUUUAUGGUCCUAUAGUAUUCUUUGGAUACUUUGAUGGGAGAACCACCAAAGUCUGAAAAAAUAUGGGCUCAUGUCUCAUGCAUGCUUUGGUUGGAUUUUGAUUUACUUAAGAUUGAUAAGAAGAAGUUUAACUAUUUGUGCAGCAUAUGUAAAACAAAAAAAAAUGGAGCCUGUCUUUUGUGUACCAAAUCAAAAUGUGGUAUUGCAUUUCAUCCUGAAUGUGCAAGGAGGGCCUAAUUUUAUAUGGAAUCUGAUGAAAUCUUUUGUUUCAAGCAUCAACCACUUAAAAUUAAAAGAGUUUUUGAAGAUCAACACAACCUAUGGAAGGAAGAAAUUUACUAUUUUUUUAAACAAUAUGAAAAAUUAGAAUAAUUCUUGAUUCAUAAACCAAAAAAUAAUGAUUUAGAAUUCUAAAAGUUUGAAAUCAAAGUUCAGCAAGAAGAAAUAGAAGCUGACAUUAAACUAGAAAAUGAAUAACUAUUUCAAUAAAUUACUGAUAUAAUGGAAAAAGAUGAAAAAUUCAUUAUUACAAUAGAAAACAACUAAGUUACUAAUAUUUAAUAUCCUUACAAAAGAUUAUCCAUUUAUGAUCUAGAAGAAAAAGAUAGAAUCUGGCAGUAAUUAGCUAAUGAGAAGUACACUCCAGAUUAAGUCUAUGUUCUCUAUCAAAGAGCAAUUAGGAUGAGAAAGAAGAAGAAAUUAUCAAAUACAAUUUCUCAAUUAUAAAUGACUACUCAAUAAGAACUACCAAAUAGAAAGAGGCAUUCCAUUUACUCAAGACCCAAGAUAUUUAAACGCCAUAAAAAGUAAUAAAAGUUCAAUGGCUCAAGUAAAGUUUCACUGAAGAUUAAAAUUCCUAAAGAAGCAAUUAGUUUGUAAUAUUGUAUUUGCAAAUAACACAAUGAAAAUGAGGAAAUGAUGCGUAUAUAUUAUUGAUCAUAUUAGAAUGUGAAAUAUGCUAUGAUUGGUAUCAUCUAAGUUGCUUGGGAUUUCAAGGUAGUAUUGAAGAGGCUCAAAGAUUGCUAUUCUAUUGUUUCAAAUGUGAAUCGAAACUUACUAAAGAAUAAAGUAAAUAUAUAAGGAGAUAUCCUUAAUAUUUUGUGGAUUCAACCUUUCGAGAUCUGAAAUUAAAGAUUGGCAUGUCACCACAUGAAUUAAGAAUGCAAGAGAAGAAGAACUACAAAUAAUUGUCUAAAUGA